AUGCUGUCGCCAGAGGUCGCCGCCCAGGAUAAAGGUCCAUCUGUUGUGGCCACCACGAGUGCCGUAAUAGCUCUGAGCACCGUUUUUGUCAUUGCAAGGCUGUAUGUCCGGGCCCGCAUGGUGGGAAAGCUUCAGGUCGAUGACUACAUCAUUGGCUUUGCGGUGACUAAAUCGUCACUUGUUCAGAUUCGCGGUUGGCUCACCGUAGGCUUUGCCACAGCGUCAGUCCGUUCCAGCAAUGGCAAGCACGCACAGCUCCUAGACCAAGACCAGCUGUCCGGUGCGAUACCGGUACUGUUGACAAUGGUCGGCUUUUUUCCCGGUGUCCGGUCCUUCGCUUUCCCCAAGCUCGCCGCUGUAUAUCUCUUGACGAAGCUUAUGAACACAUCGAAAACACACCGGAUCUUCCUAUGGACAUUGAGCAGCCUUUGCGUUCUGAUUCUGUCGGGCUGCAUUAUCCUUCUUUUCGCGCAGUGUACCCCCUCGCGUGCCCAGUGGGACCUUAGCAUUACGGAAAAGACUUGUUGGAGUCCCUACGUUCUCGUGGAUUACAGUAUUGCUGCUGGGGCCUUUUCAGCACUCGUCGAUUUGUACCUGGCCGUCUACCCCGCGAUCGUCUUAUUCAGGCUGCAAAUGAACAUCAAGAAGAAGGUAGCUCUGAGUAUCUCCCUUGGUCUGGGAUCCGUGGCAUCCAUUAUAGCCCUGUAUAAAUGCAGCCGUAUCCCGGGUCUUGCAAGCAAAGACUUCACAUACGACACGGCCGAUCUCACGAUAUGGACUUGUAUCGAAGGCAGCGCCAUCAUCAUUGCCGCAUGCAUUCCAGUGCUGAAGCCCCUCGGGGAACGCAUCCUAGGCAGCCGCGCGUUUGGCAGCUCGAAAGAUAGAUACGGAUACAAGAACUACGGCAAUUCCCGCAGCGGGAACCCAAAGUCCGACAUCGAGCUGGGCUCCAAGCAACGCCCUGCCAGAUACCCACAUGAUCUGGAUACCUUUGGGGACAGAAAAGAUGGCAGUCAAGAGAGUAUACUGCCUCUGAAGGCACCGAAGACGACCGGCGACCAGAGUCAUGGGAUUGUCCGCACGCAGUCGGUUACUAUCACGGUUAGGAGGCCUCAAGGCCAGCCCCUAUUCUUGUCCAGGACCCUAGCUGACGGUUUCCUGCAGUACGGAGAAGAUGCGGUCCCAGUUGCACAGGAGCCAUGGAAAUGA